UCUGCGGAUGUCAAAAUAGCUUUAUAAAUACAUUUGAUUUAUUGAUGACCUAUUCAACGUCUCCCCCUCUGCCCCAAACACACAGAACAGGAGAAAAACAUUUAAAAAAUGUAUUACUAUAAGAAAUUACAGUCAAUUAUUCAAAACGACUACCAUUGCAUGCUCACCAAUCAGUGAAUGCAGUGAGCCAAAGAUCUUGAAUUGCUCGAUACAGUUACUGUACUUUGGUACUCAUUCACGAAAGUCACUCAUUGGACGAACGUCGUUCGUUGCCUUUUCCGGUCUUCUCCCGGCAGCGGCAGUUACGUGCGUACCAUUUUCUCCUACUGUUGCCGAAGAAACUCAGCUAGCAAGAUAGAUCUACAAAGUAAGGUUUUGUGGGCCAUAAUCUGGUGCUAGGUUAUUGUAGAAUAUAGUUUACCGCAACUAUUGACGGUUUCAAACCCCGCUUUAAUGGCGUUAUAGUCAGAAGCAUCGAUUGUGUAAGCUAGCUAGCGUUAGCGGCUAAUUUCCCGCAUUUGUGGAUCGACAGCCUGGGAUCCUCGCAUUAUGGCCAACAACACUGUAGCCGGGAAUCAGCAACAAGGACAGGCUGUGAACAAGAUUGGCCCUAACCCUGGAAAACAUGGCAACAACUUGCCUCUCUGGGGCAACGAAAAGACUAUGAACUUGAACCCUAUGGUCCUCACCAACGUGCUCUCAUCUCCAUAUUUCAAGGUUCAGCUCUAUGAACUGAAAACCUACCAUGAGGUGGUGGAUGAAAUAUAUUUCAAGGUGACUCAUGUUGAGCCCUGGGAGAAAGGCAGCAGGAAGACUGCUGGACAGACUGGAAUGUGCGGAGGGGUGCGUGGAGUCGGGACAGGCGGCAUUGUGUCCACGGCCUUCUGCCUGUUGUAUAAGCUGUUUACCCUCAAGAUGACCCGCAAGCAGGUGAUGGGACUGAUAACUCACAACGACUCGCCCUACAUCAGAGCACUUGGUUUCAUGUACAUAAGAUACACCCAGCCCCCUGCAGACCUGGUGGACUGGUAUGAUGGUUUCCUGGAUGAUGAGGAGGAGCUGGAUGUGAAGGCCGGAGGCGGCUGCGUUAUGACCAUCGGUGAGAUGGUCCGGUCGUUUCUCACCAAGCUGGAGUGGUUCUCCACACUCUUCCCACGCAUCCCGGUGCCUGUGCAGAAGAUGAUUGACACACAGAUGAAGGCAAGGCCCCGGAAGGUUCCUGAGAAGGUGGAGGAGCCGGUUGAACCUGUGCCAGAGGAGGGACGGGCGACAGAAGGGCGUAGACGCUCCCGGAGCCCCAGGAGGUCCCCCAAACGGUCGAGGAGCAGGAGCCACCACCGCGAACGAGAGCGCCACGGCCCAAGCUUCGACCGCGAACUGGAAAGGGAACGUGACCGCCAGAGGAAGGAGAGGGAGGGUAAGGACGGGGACAGGAGAGGAGGGGACAGGGAGAGGGAGAGAGGGGAGAAGGAGAGGGAGGGUAAGGACGGGGACAGGAGAGGAGGGGACAGGGAGAGGGAGAGAGGGGAGAAGGAGAGGGACAGGGGAGGAGAAAGGGAGAGGCGACGGUCCAGGAGCAGGGAACGCAAGGGAGAGCGGAAAGACAGGGAGAAAGAAAGGGAGGGGGGCGGGGAGAACGACAAAAGCAGGAGGAAAGGCAGUGACAGAGGGAGGGAGAGGUCCAAGGACAAGAGGAGCAAGGGAGAGACUGAGGACAGGAGACACAAAGAAGAGCGGGAUGAGAGGAGGGGGCACAGGGAGGAGAGGAAGGCCAAGCGCUCCAGUCGGAGCGGAAGCAGGGAAAGGAGACACAAGGAGAAGUCCAAGAAGAGAGGAGAAGUCCAAGAAGAGAGUGGAAGCAAGAGCAGGGCCGAGGUGGGGGAGAAGGAGAAGAGCAGGAAGAGAGAGCGCAGCCAUGAGAGGGGGGAGGGCGAGCAGCGCUCACACAAACGCAGCCGCAGCAAAGAGCGGAGCCACCGGCCACGAGAGCCCAGCAAUGGGAAAGACCACGGGAAACACAGAGAGCGCAGGAGAAGCCAGAGCAUGGAUAGAGGAGAGAGGACGACACAGAGCGCUAGGGCAGAGUCCCCUUAGCUCGUCACAGCUCUUCUCUGCCUUUCUCUCUUCAUUCAUUUGUUUUACUUGUUUGUGUAGUCUGCCACGUAUUAUAAAAAGAGAAGAAAAAAACAUUAGCACGAGAAACUACCUGGACUUGUCUUUGGCCAACGUAAUGUUACUUUAUGUAGAUCUUUCUAUCUCUGCCUUUCUCCUCCCUUUCUAGACCAGCGUUACUUUUCAUUCGAGACAGUUGUAUUAGAAAAAAAAUGCCAUUUUAAGUUUUAUAUGGUUUUGUCUCUGGAAAGUUCCAAAUUGCUUUGUACAUACGGGUCUGAGAAUGUUUUAAAUCCUACAGAGCAACCUCCGAAGGUGAAUUUGUACCAUGCACUGAGCCGUACUGAUAUUGUGCUGUGUUUGGUUAAGUGCUCUGUUGCAUUUUGUUUUCUAAUUAAACAACUUUUACAAAAGGA